GCCUGGACUUAGACUAAAAGAAGCAGCAGGGCAAGAUCCCCAAUGAGGAGUUACACCAGGCGCUGGAGAAGUUUGAGGACUCCAAGGAGGUAGAAGAAAUCAGCAUGCACAACCACCUGGAGACCAACAUUGAGCAGCCCAUCCGGACUCCUAGCAGGAGCAUGCCGCCCCUAGAACAGCCAAGCUGCAAGGUGCUGUACGACUUCCAGCCUGAGAACGAUGGGGAGCUGGGCUUCCAUGAAGGCGAUGUCUUCACGCUGAUCAACCAGAUCAACGAGAAGUGGUACCAGGGCAUGCUGGACGGCCAGUUGGGCUUCUUCCUGCUCAGCUACUUGGAUGUGCUUGUGCCUCUGCCCAGUGACUCACUGGUGCCCCCACCCCUCCCCUCCAUCCACAUUGGGUGGCACCCCCUUCCAAGUCUCCUGCCUUCCAUGGGCUCCUGCUGCCAAGGCAGUGUCCAAGCCUGCCGGUGCCACCCAGGCCCAGGCCCUUGAGGUACUCCCUCAGCAGGGAGCCACACUUGGGUGGGAAGCUUAUCUGGGUGGGUGGGGAUGCUUGUUUACACUAGCGCUGACCCCCAAUGGUGACGGCUCCCUUCCCCACUCCAUGGCACCGGCCUCUUCCCCCCUCCCCAACUCCUCACCCAGCUGGCCCAGGCGGGGCAACACUAAGUGCUCUGAGAAACACUAAUGUUCCUCCAGGGCAGCCCCCACCUCUGUCCUGACCCCACGGGGGCCCAGCCCACAGCCUACCCUCGAGUUCCACGGCCUUAACAGGCUUGGAUCGAGUGUCCCUGUGGGGUGGCUCAGAGACAGGACCCUGGUUUUAAACCCCCCCACAAGCUUGCUGCUGGUGAUGAACCCUAGCCCCACUCCAGGGCCACGGUACCCCAGCCUCACACAUGCACUCCUUCUCCCCAAGGCCAGGGCAGAGGGCCUCACUGUUUCCUUGGCCUGCUGUCAGCUUGCAGCCAGGAGACAGAGGCCAGCUGGGAUCUGCCCCACCUUCCCCCCACACUGACCCCCCUAGCCAGGACAGAGAACAUGGCCUCCUGUAGGGCCCUGCCUCCCAAGCUUUACCCUCACAAAGCCAAGUGCAUUUUCAGCUUUUUAACUGCCCCCAGCCAGGCCCACGGAAGCCUGUGUCACUCUGACACAAGCUGCCACCACCAGCCACCUACACACACCCCCAGCACACCUCGCACGGGACUGCAGCCCCAGCCGUACUGCUAAGGGCCAAGCACAAAGGCUCCAGUGAGCAAAUGUUCAAGCCCUUGGUAGCCAGGCCUCCCCUUGCCGAGCCGCAGCCACCCCACCCUGUUGGAAGUGGCCCCAGCCAUCUCCUCUAGACCAUGGCAGGCAGCCCCGGGGUCCCCAGACCCCUGCCCAGGCCAGCAUGUCUGCAGCCCCGACAUCUGCUUCCUCUGUCACCCAAUCCAAAAUCGACCAAAUGGAGGGUCCUCUGGGCUGGGCCACAUUCACAUUCCCCUCCCGCUGAGGCCCAGCGAAGCCUCCGGACCCCAGGCUCUACUCUGCACCCUCACUGUCAGCAGUACAUGAAGGGCACAGACACCCUGGCAGAGAUGAGCACACAGCCUUGGGCAUGGUUCAGGGCAAACUGAAAUGUAUGCCUGAAUUUUGUAAACAGAAGUAUUAAAGGUCUGUCUACAAAAAAAAAAAAAAAAAAAAUCAUGAACACUAAAUGCAGUCCAAUGUUUGAUUGGAUUCUGAAUUUUUUAAGCCAUGUUAUGAUUGGGACAAUUGUGAAAAUGUGUAUAUAGAAUGCAUAGCAGGCAAUGAUAAUAUUAAGUUCCAUUGGGUGAUGAGAGUCUUCUGGUUAUGGAGGAGAAUGCCUUGGUUCUUAGGAGCUGCACACUGAAGUCUUUAAUGGUGAAGGGUCAUUAUGUCUGCAACUGACUCUCAAAUGGUUUGUCCAGAAAAUGUAUAGACAUACACACAUGGAAAGGAAAUGUGGCAAAGUAUUAGCUACUGUUGAUUCCAGAUGAAAGUUAUACAGGUGUUCAUUAUACCAUUUGAAAAUGCUUCCUAGCCAUCCUAAGCCUUAAAGGAAAAAAGGAAAAUGUUUAAAAUGAAAAGUUGGGGGCAGGAAAAGAAUAACAAAACCUUUGGGCUCAUGCCUGUAAUCCCAGCACUUUGGGAGGCCAAGGAGAGGGGGUUGCUUGAGCUCAGGAGUUUGAGACCAGCCUGGGCAACAUGGUGAAACCCCAUCUCUACAAAAAAUACAAAAAUGAGCCAGGUGUGGUGGCACACACCUGUAGUUCUAGCUACUCAGGAGGCUGAGGUGGGAGGAUCACUUGAGCCCAGGAGACAGAGGCUGCAGUGAGCCGAGAUUGCACCACUGCAUUCAGCCUGCGUAACAGAGUGAGACUCAGCCUCAAAACAAAAGAAACAUCUUUGUGUCAGAGUUAAGGUUGCUAUAUAAGUAAAAUGCUAGGUUAUGGUUCUGGGUACAUUCAAUCUAUAUGAAGAUCAGAGGCUUCUAUUGGACCCAAAGGAAUACUAGUCACUUGUGAUUAUUCCUCUAUAGGUUCGAAAGAUGUAUCAGGCCAACUUAUUGGAUGCAGUUUUAAUCUAAAACUCUAUACAUUGUACCCCCAACUCACAGACUUCAUGUAUCCAUUGAAUACUCUUCUGUUUCCACAGUCUUAAUGUGGCCCUAACAAAGUUAUCCUUUUAGAGGACUCAGAAAAGGCCCCCCUACAACUUCUGUAAUGUAAAAUUAUGGUAGUUAACAUUUAUUGAUCACUCACUGUGUGCCAGACAUUUUUCAGGUAGGGAUUCAUUUAAUCCUCAAAACUCAUUCGAGGUAGGUACUAUUAUAAUGACAAGGCCAAGGAACAGAGAUUAAGCAAUUUGCCCAAAUUUACAUUAUUCACAGAGCUUGGAUUUAAGCCUAGUCUGGCUGUGGAAUCUGUAUUCUUAAUGACCAUGAUAUACUGCUUAAGAUUAACCUUGAUAAUUUAUUCCAGUUACAGAGAUUGUUUUUAUUUCUCUGAAACUGCCCCCAAGAAGCCAUAACAAUAAAUUAAUCAAUUAUCUUGGUUAUCUCUUUUGCCCAAAUUUAUAUUUUGAAAAAAAUUCAAACAUGCCAGAAAGAUGAAAGAAUACUACAGAAUCCAGUCAAAGAUCAGGCACUGCAUGUCAUGUCUUCAUUUCCUUUAAUCUAAAACAUGCCUCUACUUUUUUUGAUCUUUCAUGACACUGGCAUUUUUUAAGAGUCAAAGAUAGUUGUCUUGUAAGUUGUCCCACAAUCCGGAUUUCUCUGUUUCUACAUGAGAUUCAAGUUAAGCAUCUUUGGGAAGAAUACUGCAUAGGUGACGUAUCUUUCCUGCCUCGUGACCCCAGGUGGCUCAUAAUGCUAAGUUUGAUCACUUGUUUAAGGUGAUCUUCCAGAUCUCUCCACUGUAGUUAUUUUGCUGGGUGUGGUGGCUCACACUUGUAAUCCCAGCACUUUGGAAGGCCGAGAUGGGCAAAUCGCUUGAGUCCAGUUUUAGACCAGCCUGAACAGCAAGGUGAAACCCUGUCUCUACUAAAAAUAACAAAAAUAAAAAAUUAAAAUUAGCUGGGGUGGUGGUGCAAGCCUAUAGUCCCAUCUACCUGGGGGGCUGAAUUUGGAGGGUCACUUGAGCCCAGGGGUGUCGAGGCUGCAGUUAGCUAUGAUUUUGCCACUGUACUUCAGCCUAGGUGACAAGAGUGAGACCUUGCCUCAUAAAAAAAUAAAAAAUAACUUUUCCCUUUGGUAAUUAAUAAAUCUGUGGGGUGGUACUUUGAGAUCAGUGAAGAUCCUGUUCUCAAAUGUCCUUUCACCCAACUGUCCAAUGAUAAUCUUUGUCUGAAUCAAUUUUUAUUACAUUGGUGAUUGCAAAGUGACACUUUUUAAAAAUCUGUCAUUCCUUCUACAUUUAUUAGCUAGCAUUAUUUCAUUAAAGAACAACUCCCCCUCUUUCAAAAUAUCAUUCUUCAUGGAUUUUUUAUAUAUUAUGUUGCAGCUUAUUGUUAUUUUUUGAAUGCUCAAAUUGUCCAGAUUUGGCCAAUGCAAUCUCCGUUAUUUUUUUUAACCCCACAAUCCAGGUUAAACUGAGCUAUUUUUAAUGCCCAGAGUAAUUUAUAAUAUUUCCCACUCCCAACAGGAAUUGAGAAAGGGCCUCCAGAAGUUGGGGGCUUAUUCGGACUCUUCUUAGAAGUCUACCUUCUUCCUGUGUACUUUCAGCCCAAAGUGAGAUUUUUGAGUCGGGAAGAGAUACCUCUGCAUUAAACUACUGAUCAGUGUCACCCAAUUCUAAUCCCAACCACCUUUAUUCUAGGCAUACCAUACUCACUGCCAUGCUUACCCUUCGGUUGGGUACCUGUGUCCUCCUUCCCAUUGGCCUUCUGGUUCCUACCCAACUGUCCAGUCCACAGGCCUCAGUAACACCUUUUUGCCCAGUCCUGUGGUAGCAUUGGCUGCCUCCUUUACCUACUCAAGUAACUGCUUUACCACUAAUUUAUUGUUUUGUGUU